CUUUGGCGUUUGUCGAGGGCCUUGAUUGUUGUUGAUGCAGGUUUCUCUAUCGACAAUUGGUCUCCGGUCUUCGAGACGGCUGGUCACUGGAGGCCAUGCCCGAUGCUUAUACGCUCCUGCAGCAGCUACGAGAGCUGUUUCCUGCUGUGCGAGUGGGAAGUUUCAAGGACGCAUCAGGGAAAGAUCGGCGACGUCUCAUCACCUGUCAAAAGGUUUGCCCCUUGAUUUAUCAUCAGCAUGAGGAGCAGGUAGCUGUAAACUCCCGGCAUCGCCCUGAACAGUCCGAACUCGUGGACCUCCAUGAGCUGCUUGGGACGUUUGCAAAUGAUUUCAAGAAAGGAGAGGACGCAGAAGACCGGCGGAAGAUGGAUCGUCAACAACCAGAGAGGAGGGCACCACCACCUCAAUCUGUACUGAAGUCUGUUAAGCUCGGCAAGAAAUUAGGUGCCUUGCUGUUGCUGGAACAUCUGACUGGCGUACUAGAAGAUGAUCUGACUUGCCGUAUCGCAGUUUACAAUGAAAAUCCGGAUGUUAGCUUGCUGAAGGACUCUGCCCUCAAUCGCAUGCUAAACUUUGAGUCAAGCAAGGACCAGCUCUCUGAGUACUUGUUUCAAAUCAUAGCCGGAACGUGCAUCGAAGAGGCGGCGCCUCUUUGCCUCCCUCGGCGCAGAACAAGGGACGCUGCCCUACCAGAAAACCAGGGUGGAAAGGAUGAGGAGGGACAGGGGAGCGAUGACAAGUCGCGACAGGCCCGAUGCGCGAGGAAAAUGAAGACAACUGUGAGGAGACGAAAGGCUCAGGUAUCGCCCAUCAAAACUAGCCUGUCUCCCUCGAAACGCCAAGGACUUUUCGGCACCAUCGAACCGGCGACUGUUCCUUGCGGAAACCAGCCUGAAAAUGGACCUGAAGGUGGUGGUGUUGGCAGUGUAAGGCGGCAAUUAGGCUCAAGAGCAUGCGAGAACGGCGCGGGGUUGGGGUCGGAGGCAGAAGAUCCAGACCUAAAGCAGCAGCCGGCAAGUCCGUCAACUCCACCCGCCAACGGUUGCAAUCGCGGUGACCAUCGAUCUGCGAAUCAAUCUGACGGUGGCAGUGGCGGCGCAGCGCGGGGAAGGGUGACCGAGCUGGAGGAAGCAACGAGGCCAGAGUCAAUAGAGCCGCCGAAGCAACAGCUGGCAUGGCCUAGUUCGAGGGAGAGAGACUUCUCGUUAAGGCGUUUGCGUGUCAGCGUGCAGAGAUUGCUGUCCAUGGUGAGUGCACGUGUUCCACUUAUCCAGAUCAUCAUCAUUUCUUAAUUCUGGAUACGGUGGAUAGCAAUUUAAAGAUUUGUCAUGUAUAUUGCCACCUUGUAGGUGAAGAUACGCGCAGCACUUUGGAGAUCAUCAUCAUCUAAUAACCCUAAUAAAACUUAGUAGGCCGC